GGCUCGGCGGGCCGCAGCGCGCACGGACGCUCCGCGGGCCGAGGGGCGGCGACCCCUCGCGGACGCCCCGCCGCGCGCCGCCCCGGGCGCUCGUCCUCUCGCUCGCCCUUGCGCGCGCCCCGCGCCCUCCAGCGCGCCGGCGGGACCAUGAAGAAGUUCUCUCGAAUGCCCAAGUCGGAGGGCGGCGGCGGCGGCGGAGCGGCGGGUGGCGGGGCCGGGCCGGGGGCCGGCUGUGGCUCCGGGAGCUCGUCUCUAGGGGUCCGGGUGUUCGCGGUCGGCCGCUACCAGGUCACCCUGGAGGAGACGCUGGCCGAAGGUGGAUUCUCCACGGUUUUCCUGGUGCGGACACAUGGUGGAGUUCGCCAUGCACUGAAGCGAAUGUAUGUCAAUAACAUGCCAGACCUCAACAUUUGUAAAAGGGAAAUUACAAUUAUGAAAGAGCUGUCUGGUCACAAAAAUAUCGUGGGUUAUUUGGACUGUGCUGUUAAUUCAAUCAGUGAUAAUGUAUGGGAAGUGCUUAUCUUAAUGGAAUAUUGUCGAGCUGGGCAGGUAGUGAAUCAGAUGAACAAGAAGCUGCAGACGGGUUUUACGGAAUCAGAAGUGUUGCAGAUCUUCUGUGAUACCUGUGAAGCUGUUGCAAGGUUGCAUCAAUGUAAGACUCCAAUAAUUCACCGGGAUCUGAAGGUAGAAAAUAUUUUGUUGAAUGACAGUGGAAACUAUGUACUUUGUGACUUUGGCAGUGCCACUAACAAGUUUCUUAAUCCUCAAAAAGAUGGAGUUAAUGUAGUAGAGGAAGAAAUUAAAAAGUAUACAACUCUGUCAUACAGAGCCCCUGAAAUGAUCAACCUUUAUGGAGGGAAACCCAUCACCACCAAGGCUGAUAUCUGGGCCCUGGGCUGUUUACUGUAUAAACUCUGCUUCUUCACUCUUCCUUUUGGUGAGAGUCAGGUUGCUAUCUGCGAUGGCAGCUUCACCAUCCCAGACAAUUCUCGUUACUCCCAUAACAUACAUUGCUUAAUAAGGUUCAUGCUUGAACCAGAUCCAGACCAUAGACCUGAUAUAUUUCAAGUGUCCUAUUUCGCAUUUAAAUUUGCCAAAAAGGAUUGUCCAGUCUCCAACAUCAAUAAUUCUUGUAUUCCCUCAGCUCUUCCUGAACCGAUGACUGCUAGUGAAGCAGCUUCUAGGAAAAGCCAAAUAAAAACCAGAAUAACAGAUACCAUUGGACCAACAGAAACCUCAAUUGCACCGAGACAAAGACCAAAGGCCAACUCUACUACUGCCACGCCCAGUGUGCUGACCAUUCAGAGUUCAACCACGCCUGUUAAAGUCCCUGCUCCUGCUGAGCUCGGUAACCACAGAGCGAAAGGAGCACUGAGAUCUGGAAAUGGCCCUGAGAUUUUAUUGGGUCAGGGGACCCCUCAGCAGCCUCCACAGCAGCAUAGAGUACUUCAGCAACUACAACAAGGAGAUUGGAGAUUGCAGCAACUUCAUUUACAGCAUCGUCAUCCUCACCAGCAGCAACAGCAGCAUCAGCUACAUCAGCUGCAUCAGGAUGCUUAUAUGCAGCAGUAUCAACAUGCAAUGCAGCAGCAACAGAUACUUCAACAACAGUUUUUAAUGAAUUCCGUAUAUCAGCCACAACCUUCCGCAUCGCAGUAUCCUGCAAUGAUGCAGCAGUAUCAGCAGGCUUUCUUGCAGCAGCAAAUGCUAGCUCAGCAUCAGCAGACUCAACAACAGGCGUCCCCGGAAUAUCUUACCUCCCCUCAAGAGUUCUCACCAGCUUUAGUUUCUUAUACUUCAUCGCUUCCAGCGCAGGUUGGAGCCAUAAUGGACUCCUCGUAUAGUGCCAAUAGGUCAGUUGCUGAUAAAGAGGCAGUUGCAAAUAUUACAAAUCAGAAGAACGUCAGUAACCCACCUGAUAUGUCAGGGUGGAAUCCUUUUGGAGAGGAUAAUUUCUCCAAGUUAACAGAAGAGGAGCUGUUGGACAGAGAAUUUGACCUUCUGAGAUCAAACAGGCUCGAGGAGAAAGCAUCCUCAGAUAAGAAUGUAGACCCACUUUCUGCUCCACAUAACCAUCCUCCAGAAGAUCCUUUUGGUUCUGUUCCUUUCAUGUCUCACUCAGGUUCCCCUGAAAAGCAAAUUGAACAUUCAUCCAUAAAUCAAGAAAACAGCACUGCAAGCCCUAUCAAGAAUAGAAAAGUCAGUCCAGUAUCUAAAGACCACCGGACUGGAAAGAAAGCCUCAGAGAAUUCAUCAGUACAGGGUCAAGUGCAAAAGGGGAACGACGAAUCUGAAAGUGAUUUUGAAUCUGAUCCCCCUUCUCCCAAGAGCAGUGAAGAGGAAGAGCAAGAGGAUGAAGAAGUUCUUCAGGGAGAGCAAGGAGAUUUUAAUGAUGACGAUACCGAACCGGAAAAUCUGGGUCACAGGCCUCUCCUCAUGGAUUCUGAAGAUGAGGAAGAGGAGGAGAAACACAGCUCCGAUUCUGAUUAUGAGCAGGCCAAAGCAAAGUACAGUAACGUGAGCCCUGUCUGCAGAGACAAACCUGGCAGUGGACCCAUCCAAGAACCCAAUAUAACACUCCUCACCCCAACCCAGCUGCCUUCUGAUAUUGCACUGGAGACUCCCAAACAGGAGUUUGAUGUAUUUGGCGCUGUCCCCUUCUUUGCAGUGCGUGCUCAACAGUCCCAACAAGGAGAGAAUGAAAAGAAUCUCUCUCAGCAGAUCCAUUUUCCUACUGUGGGACCAGAGCAAGAAGAAUUUGAUGUAUUCACAAAGGCACCCUUUAGCAAGAAGGUGAAUAUACAAGACUGCCGUGUAGUGGGGCCCGAAGCACAUACUCUCCCUGGUUGUCCCAAAAGCGUAGAUAUAUUUGGCUCUACUCCAUUUCAGCCCUUUGCCACAUCAACAAGUAAAAGUGGCAGCAACGAGGACCUUUUUGGACUUGUGCCCUUUGAGGAAAUCACUGGGAGUCAGCAGCAAAAAGUUAAACAGCGUAGCUUACAGAAACUGUCUUCUCGCCAAAGGCGCACCAAGCAGGAUAUGUCCAAAAGUAAUGGGAAGCGGCAUCAUGGCACGCCAACUAGCACAAAGAAGACUGUGAAGCCCACCUACCGCACUCCAGAGCGGGCUCGCAGGCACAAAAAAGUGGGCCGCCGAGACUCUCAAAGCAGCAAUGAAUUUUUAACCAUCUCAGACUCCAAGGAGAACAUCAGUGUUGCCCUGACUGACGGGAAGGACAGAGGGAAUGUCCUGCAACCCGAGGAGAGUCUGUUGGACCCCUUCGGUGCCAAGCCCUUCCAUCCUCCGGACCUGCCGUGGCACCCUUCACAUCAGGGCCUGAGCGACAUCCGUGCUGAACACAAUCCCGUCCUGCCUGGGCGGCCAAGACCGAAUUCACUACAUGGGUCAUUCCACAGUGCAGAUGCGUUGAAAAUGGAUGAUUUUGGUGCCGUGCCCUUUACAGAACUUGUGGUGCAAAGCACCACUUCACAUCAGUCCCAACAGUCCCAGUCAGUCGAAUUAGACCCAUUUGGUGCUGCUCCAUUUCCUUCGAAACAGUAGAUACUUCUGACAGACUCUUCGUGUUAACUCCUGUUUCAAAAAAGUAUGAAUAGUUUUAUCAAUUUGAAAAAAUUUAUUUGUAUAGCUCUUUAUAUCAUUCAUUCUUACAGGUCAAUCAGAAUAAGUGAUUUUUAAAUAAACCAAAUAGAAAAAGGAAAUCUC